CGAAUGUGCAUGACUGUGGUGGUAGUGGUGGUGCCAGUGCCGAAGUGUGCGUCUGCACAUGUUUGUUGUUGGUUCACUGAGGCCCGUUCGCGCGUCAAUUCAGUCUCAGUUACUAAACCGAUUUCAAGAACUACGGACGCUUCACUCGGCCCUUGCUAAGUGGCGUGUGCUACAAUUAAGUAACGGGCAGAGACAUUUCACAACAACAAAAAAAUAGAAAACUAGAAUACAACAAGAAAUCCAAAAACAUAAACCAACAAAAUCCCAAUAAACCCACAUAAAACAAGAAAAUAAUAAAUAGACAUCCGAGCACAUAUACCCACACAAAAAUAAAACAAUAGCAUACUAGUUGGGUACAACUGAGGUAUUUUAUACAUAACUCGCUAAAUCCUUCGUUUAAUACAACGACGACCACCAAAAAAUCCAGUAAAUCGAAAACACGAAAUUACCAUCAGCAGAUUGCACCGGUAUUUAAAAAAAUAUAUGAGGUGUCAGUCAUUUGAUUGAAGUGGAAGUCCAAAAAAUCCUCUGAUUAAUGGAAAAGUUUUAACAAGAAAGAGUGCUCGGAUUGCCAAAUCAAAGAAAAUCUACAGAUGCACCACCAAGAAAAGGAAAAACAACCAAAAUAACCGUGGCCAAAUAAAAGUCGACAAGGAAUAAAGACACAUAAAUACACACAAAUAUAAUCUUCACACAGCGAAACACUAAAACUUCAACUAAACAGUAAUAACCUCCCCCACCAAAAAUAUUAAACCAAGCAAACAACAACAACAAUUUAUAUAUAUACAUAAAAGGCAGAAAUUUAAACGGCAAAAAUAAUUUAAAAAAAAUAUAUAUAUAUUAAACAAAACCAAACGAAUGCAAGAAAAGGGAGAAAGUCAACUAUUCCAAAUUAACGUCAAUGUGUAUGUGAUCUCCAAAGACCAUCUUUAAUCGCUCCUCAUCGCUAGGAUAUCGCCACCAACUGCAGUUGCAACUGCACUCCUCACCGACAACAGGCAGCUAUCCGGACCCAGAUCAGCUAACAUAACCGGAUUCCAAGCCGGAGUCCGUGAAACGAACGUGGAAAGGCCAAAGAACGAAUACCGAAGGGUUCGGCCGCAGGGUCAAGAUGCAUAUUGAAAUCCAGGUCGCUUUGAACUUCGUCAUAUCCUAUCUCUACAAUAAAUUGCCGCGCAGACGUGUAAAUAUAUUCGGCGAGGAGUUAGAGAAGGCCCUACGCGACAAGUUCCAGGGUCACUGGUACCCUGAAAAGCCCUUUAAGGGAUCUGCCUAUCGCUGCUUGAAGACCGGGGAUCCCAUUGAUUCGGUUCUGGAAAGGGCGGCUAGGGAAAGUGGAGUACCGAUCGGCGAUAUCCUAGAAAACCUACCAAACGAACUUUCGGUGUGGAUUGAUCCCGGGGAGGUCUCAUUCCGCAUUGGUGAAAAGGGAGCAGUGAAGAUUCUUUACACGGAGAACAAUGAGAGCCACGAAGACAGCCAUUCGGCAGAUCGCGAGGUCACCAAAAUGUUCAACCCGGAGGCGCAGUGCUUCCGACCCAUCGAUGCCGUUAACACGACCAUGAACAAUCUGAGCUUGAGUCCCAAGGCGCUUCCAUUGGCACUGCCCCAAGCAGGAUCAUCGCCGCACUCGGCUGCGUCCAGUUCGCCCACCUACAAGGGCAGUCCAAAUCCCACGAUCUCUGGCAGCUGCAGUUCUGUUUCCGGAACGGGUUCUGGAACGGGCUCUGGUUCGGGAUCCGGAUCCAAUCUGGCACCCGGUCCUGGUACUGCUCCAGUUCCCGUACCCGGUAACGGUGGCACCGCCAAUGCAGCUGCAGCGGCAUUCAUGCAACGCGGCGCCCAGGCACCAUUGACAUUCACCACGGCCACCUUUGCGCAAACUAAAUUCGGUAGCACCAAGCUGAAGACCAGCUCCAAGCGCACAAACAGCAGCGCCUAUCGCAUGUCGCCCACUGAGUUCUCCAACUACAUCAAACAGCGUGCGAUGCAGCAGCAGAUGCAUCAUGGACAUGGAGUUGUCCCGUCCGCCGGAUCAUCCGUAUCGGCAGCAUUUGGCGGCCUGGAUGCCGUCUCGCCUGCCCGUUCCCUAUCCCCGAAUCCCCUAUCGCUGGGCGGAAAUCCGAAUCAAGCUGGAGCGGGAUCGUCGGCCGAUUCGUUUUACUAUCAAAACAUGGCGAUCAAUCUGUAUCCGCAAUUUGGCAAUCCACGCAGCCUCUUCGAGUCGCAUUUCAAUGCGGAUGCCAGCAGCUUGGGUCUCUUUGUGGGUGGAACUGCUGGUACAGCUGGUGGUGCAGUCGCCGCAGGAGGAAAUGGUGGCGCCAACAAGUAUAGUACUUACCUGGAGCCGUGCUACUUUGGCAAUGGCCAUGCCAACUCACAACAGCAUCCGCAGCAACAGAAUCGCAGCGGAAUGGAUCGUCCAAAGAGUAGCGAAAGCUGCUUUGGCCUCAAUGUGGAUUGCGGUAGUGCCGUCCUCGAAGAUUCAUCAUCAUCGUCAUCUGCAGCAGCUGCUGCUGUGGCCGUUGCUGUUGCCAUCACCGGGGACUCUUCGCCGGAGAACAGUCCUCUUAGUACACCCACCGUGGCAGCCACAACCGCAGGAACAACAACCACUCCUCCUUCCAACUCCACCAACAACAGUAGUAGCCAUCCAACUCAACAACAGGAACAACCGUCCUCCUCCUCGGGAAACGGAAACGGAAAUCCGAACGCAAACGGAAACAAUGGUAACAAUUCGAACAGCAAUACCAAACUGAUCGAUGGAAUAAGCUCCUUCUAUGGCACCGGAUCAUCCUAUCAGCAACUAUUGGUUGCUAACUAGAGUUUCCUCGAAGUUGAUCACCGCAAAGAGAGUCCACCAUAGUUCUAUAUAUAUAUAUCUAUAUAUGUAUAUAUAUAAGCUAAAUGGAAUGUUCUAUUCGGGGCAUGAAUCUGUAUCUAGUGCAUUUCGGUCUUUCUGGUCAGCACUUUAUAAGCAAUAUGAAUUGUUAUGCAGUUUUGCGAUUUCCUGUAAAAAACCCCAAAUUUCCAGAUAGGAA